AUGCCUUCAAAACCUAAGUCCAAGGCCGCCGCAUCAAAGAACGCGGCAGAUUCGACAAGUGCUGUGAACAACGACGGAGCUCUAAAAGCCGCUGAUGCUCUGAUCAAAGAACCGGCACUCUCUAGGAAUGGUUUGACAACUCCCCCCGCCAAACCGACGUCUCCACAACCCGAGAGCGAGGAAAAUGUGCAGGAUGACGAUGCAAAUGCCGGCACAGGCGUCAAUAGAAAAAAGCAGAAGAGGCGAAUGAAAGAAGCUGCGAAGAAGGCUGCUCUGAACACGUUGAAUCAAGAGAGCAGUAAUGCUCGCAAAAGUGGAUCUGUCAACAUGAACGGCGACGGAUACGACGCUGCCCAAUACGAAGGCCCGGAGGAUGGUGACGACAUCUACUAUACCGACGACGGCAGCAGAACGUAUGCUGCUAAUGGCUAUGCUAACCAUAAUUACAUUGCCGAGGAACCCUUAGGUGCAGGCAAGAAAAAGAAGAAACGAGCAUCAUCUGGCCAGCAUUCCACGGACGGCUUUGUUCCUUCGUCAUCUCAAAGUCAUCUUCAUCGUCCACCGCCGCCCCCUCCACCCCCGCUCACCCAACCACAUUCUACUGCCAUGAUGAGGUCUGCACCAAAUGACAGAAAGGAUCGUAUAUGGAAUACCUCAACUCAAGAAGAACGAGAGCGAAUUAAGGAAUUUUGGCUGUCACUGGGUGAGGCUGACCGGCGUUCUUUGGUUAGAAUCGAAAAGGAGGCUGUGUUGAAAAAGAUGAAAGAGCAGCAAAAACAUUCAUGUAGCUGUACAGUCUGUGGUCGUAAGCGAACUGCAAUAGAGGAAGAGCUUGAAGUUCUUUACGACGCUUAUUACGAAGAGUUGGAGACCUAUGCCAAUCAUCAACAGUUCGGACUGGAUGCGCCUGCCCUUCCUCCGCCACGUUCGUAUGCUCGACCUAGGCCGCCCCUACCACCAGAUCACUAUUCUGGCAUGCGAGGGGGAGGUCCAGCUAGAUCAAGCCGUAUUCAAGAGCUAGGCGAUGAUGAUGUGGGCGAUGAGGAAGACUAUAGUGAUGAAGAUGACGAAGACGACAUCAGUGAUUCCGAAAUAGAACCUCCAAUGUCACAGUCAGGCGGAAUAUUCAAUUUUGGUAACAGCUUGACUGCCCAAGGUAGUUUGAAUCUUGUAGAAAUAUCUAAUUAUCUCGCUGAUGGGUCUAUGUAG